UGCGUGGCUCCUGGGGCUGUAUGUGUAAACUCUCCACCUGGAGUAUAUUCUUGUACCUGUACAUCACCCGCAUGCAUAGAUGGUAACGAAUGCAACUCAAACACCUGUGAUGAACUUGCAACAUGCAUUGAGCUCGAUGGUGGAUAUCGUUGUCAGUGUCUUCCUGGUUACACUGGUGAUGGAAUUACAUGUAGUAACAUUGACGAAUGUUUACUGGGCUUGGACAGUUGUUCCACCUCUGAGGAAUCACAGGAGGAAUGUACUGACACAAACGGUUUAUUUGUAUGUACCUGCUCAACUAAUGGCAAGGGUGAACUAUGUGGAGAUAUCAAUGAAUGUAUUACAAUCCCCAACGUGUGUACUACAAAUGCUGUUUGCACAAACCUGUAUCAUUCAUCCCGAUGUGACUGCGAAACUGGAUUCAUUCAAAUGGGUGAAGAUUGCAUUGACAUUAAUGAAUGCCAACUCGACAUUGAUGACUGUGAUACGAAUGCUUUGUGUAUUAAUACACUUGGCUCAUACAUAUGUGGAUGCAACCAAGGUUAUACUGGUGCCGGAACAGUGGGGACUUGUACAGAUCUUGACGAGUGUGCCUCUUCUGAGUAUAACACAUGCGCUGUCCAGAUUGGAGCUGAAUGUUCGAAUUCUAUCGGUGGAUAUGAUUGCAUUUGCACUAGUGGUUGUAUCUAUAUAGACGAGUGUUCACUUAUGAUUGAUGAGUGUGACGUUAAUGCCGAUUGCACAGACACAUUAGCGGGCUACACAUGUACGU